ACCAGGCUUACCCGGUAGUUAGCCUUAGGCUAUGCCUUUCAAGCUGGUGUAAAUCGAGGCCUGCAGCUAGGCCAAGGGUGAUGUUCGCCCCUGCUCCGCCAGCAGCUGUUACCACCUGGAGAAGCCAAAUUGCCGGGGACGAGCCGCGGCCCUUUCAAGCCGAUGGGCCAUCGCGGGCGGGCGGUAGCUGCCUCUGGGCGGAGGAGCUGUGAAGGAGGAGGCUGAUUGCGGUUAAAGCGGGUCCCCAGGGGAGCCCGGGCGGCUGUGAAGCGAUGAGGAGUGCGGUUUGGGGAGGUGAUGUGCAAACCUCCAAAAUGCGGGAGCUGCAGGCUCCGGGUGGAGGGAGGUGAUUAGGUGUCAGAUACUUGGGUGAAAACAGCCUGUUUCUCUGUGCAGAUAAGGAAUACUAAUGUUAAGAGCUGAGCUACUUGCCUUUGAAAAAAAUGAAUGAAAACCCACUAAGUAUACAUUAAUGUGAUUAACUCGUAGGUAACGACAAGGAAGGAGGUGACAAGGAAGGAGGUGACAGGCGGUGGUAUCGCAGAGAUUAACCUGGAGAAAGCCCCCUCCCGUACUUCCUUGGAGGGUUCCUGACCGGGGUGGAAAAGGAGGGCUGGAUCUUCUUGGCUGCGUAGGCUGAGACUGAAAGCAUUUGAGCUCAGGAAACCCGUAUGUCACAAAAGUAUGACAAUGGCAUUGCACCCACGAAGAGUUCGCUUGAAGCCCUGGCUGGUAGCCCAGGUAGAUAGCGGUAUGUAUCCAGGCCUUAUCUGGCUUAAUCGAGAAGCAAAGCGAUUUCAGAUCCCCUGGAAGCAUGCAACUCGGCACAGUCCUCAGCAUGAAGAGGAGAACACUAUCUUUAAGGCAUGGGCUGUGGAAACGGGAAAGUACCAGGAGGGAGUCGAUGAGCCAGACCCUGCAAAGUGGAAAGCCCAGCUCCGAUGUGCUCUUAACAAAAGCCGGGAGUUUAAUUUGAUGUAUGAUGGCACCAAGGAGGUGCCCAUGAAUCCUGUUAAAAUUUAUGAAGUUUGUGAUAUCCCGCAGUCCCAGGGAUCAAUCAUUAAUCCAGGUUCCACUGGCUCUGCUCCGUGGGAUGAAAAGGAUAAUGAUCUUGAUGACGAAGAGGAGGAAGAACUGAAUCCAUCUCAGCAUGUCCCUAUUCAGGAGACCUUUCCAUUUCUUAAUAUCAAUGAUUCUCCAAUGGCUCCAGCCAGUGCAGAAAACUGUAGCCCUGAAGCUGUGUGGCCAAAGAAUGAACCUCUAGAUAUGGAAAUGCCCCCAACUGCCCUGCAGCAUGAUUUCUUCAGCAGCCCUGAGCUCUGGAUCAGCUCUCUUCCAAUGACAGACCUAGAAAUCAAGUUUGAAUAUCGAGGAAAGGAGACCGGACCCACGACAACUGUAAGCAACCCACAGGGGUGCCGACUUUUCUACGGAGAGCUGGGUCCAAUGCCAGAUCAGGAAGAGCUGUUUGGGCCUAUUAGUUUGGAGCAAGUAAAGUUUCCAGGAACAGAGCAAAUCACCAAUGAAAAGCAAAAGAUCUUCACAAGUCGGCUACUAGAUGUUAUGGACAGGGGACUGAUCCUGGAGGUCAGUGGCCAUGCCAUCUAUGCUGUCCGGCUCUGCCAGUGCAAGGUGUACUGGUCUGGUCCAUGUGCGCCUUCCUCCACUACACCAAAUUUGAUUGAGAGGCAAAAGAAAGUCAAACUCUUCUGUCUGGAAACAUUCCUAAGUGAGCUGAUUGCCCAUCAGAAGGGACAAAUUGAGAAACAGCCACCUUAUGAAAUAUACUUCUGUUUUGGGGAAGAAUGGCCUGAUGGAAAACCUAGAGAGAGAAAGCUGAUCGUGGUUCAGGUCAUUCCCGUUGUGGCUCGCAUGAUCUACGAAAUGUUUUCUGGUGACUUCACGCGUUCCUUCGACAGCGGCAGCGUGCGCCUCCAGAUCUCCACGCCAGAUAUCAAGGACAACAUCGUUGCCCACCUGAAGCAGCUGUACCGCCUGCUGCAGAGCCACCAGGAGGGCUGGCCCAUGCAGGGCCCCGCGCUGCACCUGGCCACCCCGCUCCCCGCACAGUGACCGCCGCCACCUCGGCUCUGCUCUGCCCUCUGGUUCCUUGUACAUAUAGGAAGGUAUUUCUUAACUGGUGCCUUGCCUGAACCUGAACUAAAUCUGUAAAUCUGGUUGUCUGAUUAAAUUCUAAACAAUAUGUGGUACUUUUUCUUUUUUUAAAGUGUCUAAAUAGAAGGGUUUUAAAGGAAUACCUCUAAGUAGUUCACUGUUUCUAGCUGUUUGCUUAAGCAACCAAUAUGUAUAAAUCAGAUUUUUAUCUCUAAUAUUUUUUAAAAAUCCAGUAUUGACAUGUAUAUAAAUACUUGAUUGUUACAGGGGGAAAAAAGAAAUCUGUGCUCUAUUAAAACUGCCUUGAAAACA